CAACAGCUACUGUGUGACUGUAAUGGCAAAUGCAUUUUAAAUUGUGACACGGAAAGGAACUUGAGAAACAACACACCCAUCACAUGCAAUAAAAACCCAUGAUGUCAGGGUGUUAGCUUCUUUUUUUUGGCUUAUAACCUGUGAAGACUCGACAUUACAGAGUCCACGAGCCAUGAGGAUUUUAAAUGGUCUUCCUUUCUUAUUAUCCUACUCAUAUCAUCAUCAUCAUCAUCAUCAUCACACCUCUGGGGCUUCUCUCGAACUUCACUCUGAUCCUGCGAGUCCAUGAGACUGACAGGCCUGAUUGCAGUAGUUCCUGUUCUGGUAUUUGUUCGCCACCCAGCGGCCACAUUUGGAAAAUGACACUGUACGCUUUCUCUCUUUCUUUCUUUUCUUUUCUUUUUUUUUUUUAAUCUGCCAGGGGCCAUUUUGAACCGCACGGCGGUGUUACCACACGCUCGACUGGUGUGAGUAAUGUGCAAGACAUAAACAAGAAAAGAAAGCAAAAACAAACAAACACAACCUUGGAUUUGAUGGAUGAGCCUGCAGCCAAAAACAGCAAAACGCGCCGUUUGACUAAAGCAAUUUAACUGUAAGAGUAAUCUAAAUCCCGGAGUGAUUUAGCAUUGUUUACAAUUUAAUAACGUGUCUGUGACUCUCUGGAAGCAGCUUUCCCCCGAUGUUUGCCUUUUCUGAAGCAGUUAAUAGGUUUUCAGUAACCAUAUAUACUCAACAACGUGCAUGGUUCAUUCAAGACUGAACUCAGUGAAGCAGCCUGCAUUGGAUGUAUGUCUGGAACUGGUGCAAUUAGAGACACUGUGCAUUUGUGCAUGUUUUUUAUCUUUUGUGAGCCAUCAGACAUCGCAGCCCAGAGGAGAUGACCCUCUGGAUAUUUGUCCCCUUUGGAGUUUAUUUUUUAGAUAAAAUUGUAAGAUCUGGUUUAUAUGGGAAGUAAUUCUCUGUGACGUUGUGUUGCAAGUCAGUGAGCUCAUACAUGCUUUAAAUCUUACAUUGUAGUAUUUUCUAAAUAAUGUUUAAUGUUAUCCCCAAACUCUUGAGUAAAACAGAAAGAACGAUCACACCAAAUUCAGUUCAUUCCUAAAAAUCAGCACUGAUAAGCAACAGUUUAAUCUUCCUGCUCUGCUUCUACUGCUGAAAACUUUUCCCAUCGGUUUCCUAAACUUGUCCGGUCCCUUCUUGUUCGAAACCAAUUAAUGAGGCGGCUAAACUCACUAAUUGGCUACUUAAUUGGCCCCUGUCACCGGGCGCGCUGCUUCCGCUGGCUUUUAGCGCACCGCCGCCCUCCUUUCUUUUCUCAGAAAUCACAAUCCCACCUUGUCACAGGGAUUUAGGGUCAAUCUCUCACACAGGAAGGUGCUCUCGCGGAGGACCCCCCCGCCACCUCUGGAUCCCCCUCUAUCAGUAUCUCCCUCCCACUCUAUCUCGGUGUUUUAUGUCUGCGUCACAACAAGUCGGUCGAGAGCGAGAGGCAGGGAUGAUGGCGUCUCUGGCGGCUUGAUUCCGGUGCUGCUCUGACAAACCCGCCUUAAUAGCAUCAGUAGGUGGUGACGGAGAGGGGGGAGAGAGAGCAAAAGCGACGGGAACAUGACGAAACGGCACCGCGGAGGACGGACAAACUAGACUGAGAGACGGACGGACAGUCAGUCCCCCCCCUCCUCCUCCUCCUCUCCCUCCUCCUCGCUGACGGCUUGACUGACACACACAGGCGCUUGGCACAGACAGGGACAUACAUGCACAUCAUCCACUUUUUGCAAACACGCAGGCUGCGCAUCCGAGCUGGCAGUAAUUGGGCAGCGGAGACCCACAGCAGAUGAGGGCAUUUCAUGUCCAGCCUGUCCAGGAAUCACUGUGACCCCGACGGAAAGGAGUUCGACUUGACAGGAUGGGGGGAGUAAGUGAAGGAGAUGAUGUGUUGGCUCGAUGGAGUGAUGGACUACUGUACCUCGGCAAUGUGAAAAGAGUAGAUGGAGUCAAGCAGUGUUGUCUGGUGAGAUUUGAGGACAACUCUGAGUUCUGGGUACUGAGAAAGGACAUUCACUCGUUUGCUGCUGGAGUGGAAGAAGUUUGCUGUAUUUGUGACGCUCCGCCUCUUAAAGAACCCCUCAUAAAUUGUCUUAAAUGUCGCCACGGUUAUCAUCCGGAGUGUCACACGCCAACCAUCGAACCGGAAGCUGACAGCGAUUCGUGGAUAUGUCGGCAGUGUGUCUUUGCAGUCGCAACCAAGAGAGGGGGGGCCCUCAAACGGGGGCGCUUUGCCCGGCUCAUGCAGUUUAUGAAACUUCGGCUCCCCUAUCAGCUGUCAUCCCUGGACUGGGACCCACAGCACCUGACCAAUCAGCAGCAGUGUUACUGCUACUGUGCCGGACCUGGAGAGUGGAACCUGAAGAUGUUACAGUGUGGCAGCUGUGGUCAGUGGUUCCACGAGGCCUGCACGCAGUGUCUAACCAAGCCUUUGCUGUAUGGGGACAGGUUUUAUCAGUUCCAGUGCUCUGUUUGUACAAAGGGACCAGAGACGAUCCAAAGACUCCCCAUGACUUGGGUGGAUUUGGCUCAUUUAGUACUCUACCAUCUCUCGCUGUGCUGCAAGAGGAAAUACUUUGAUUUUGACCAUGAAAUCCUGUCCUUCACCAAUGAGAAUUGGGACUCGUUGCUGCUAGGCGCGCUCUCUGACACGCCAAGGCAAGACCGCUGUCACAAUCUCCUCAACGCUCUGAACUCCCACAAGGACAGGUUUGUCUCCGGAAAGGAGAUCAAGAAGAAAAAGUGUCUUUUUGGGCUUCAGGUUCGAGCCCCUCCACCGCUGACGUCCGAUUCGUCGCCGCUCAUCACCGACCCACCUAUCAACAUCACGCACCGGAGAAGCCCAUUGUCGCUACCCUGCCAGAGGAGAGUGGGGGGGCCAGAGUCACGUAAAUCAAAGCGUCGCAUCAUGGAGACACAGGCAUGUCCACCCCCAGUAGCUGCCAACCCUAUUGAGCUACUGCCAUGUUGCCAUGGAUACAUGGGUGGGGCCAGCCUGUAUAACUCCAGGAAGUCAGAGGAGGAGCUUAACCUGAGCUCUCCUCCCAAACGGAUGUAUGCCCUAUACCACACCACCUACAAUGGGAACUCAACACUCUCCAGGAGUCUCCAUCACUACAACAGCAUGGAGGACAACUGCAGGUUACCACCAACAUACUUCCCAUACCCCCUCAACUCCAACAGCAACCAUCACCACCACCACCUCCACCAGCAUCAUCACAGCCACCAGCACAAUCACCAACAUCAACACCAGCUGGGGCAGAAGCAGCUGGAGCCCCUCAUCCUACGUGACUUACCUCCUUAUCAGGCUGGCAUGGGUGCAGGAGGUGGUGUAGGUGGAGGCGGAGGAGGAGGAGGUGGCGGCGGUGGUGGCGGAGGAGGAGGAGGAGGUGGUGGCGGGGCACCGGGAAUGGGAGUGGGAGGUGGGGACGGAACAGUGGCCAGGAACUGGGGAGGAGGGGAGGCAGUGAGGAUCCUGGCGAGACGAGUCACACCUGAUGGGAAGGUGCAGUACCUGGUGGAGUGGGAGAACGUGAGUUUGUACUGAGACAAAGAGCGUAAACUCGAGACACAAUGACUGUUUUGCAGUUGUCACAGAACUGCUGUGUGUAAUACGUGGCAGUGUUUAAAGUACAAACAAAACAAAAAGGAAAAAAAAAUCUCUACACGUUGCAAAUCCAGGUUGCUCUCAUAGUAUCACCUCUAAUUCUACAUCAUUAUAACCUCACUACUUGUUACUAAAUGUCCCUCUUUGCUAGUGUUUCUCUGAUAUUUGUACUGUUAACUUUGGAAUAUGCCUUUGCAUUUAUCAUCUUUUAAAAUGAUGAGGGAAAAUGUGUAAACCUCCUGAUGAUUUUGUCUGUGUUUGGACCACAUUAAUAUUUGUAAUUAAAAGGCUGUGCUUAAAAAGAAAUAUCUGAAAUUUAAACAUUUAACAGUCAAAAUAAUAACAAAUAUACUUCUUUUACGUUCUGGUUCACUUUUGUGUUGAAACCUAGUUAUCACAAAUAAAAGAGUGGAGUUAGAGUCACUUUAGACAAAAGCAGAGAGAAACAGCUGACCUAGAUCCGUCCUAAGCUCAUUAAUUUAAAUGUUAUCACUGGCAUCCUUUUUUAAGGUUUUAUGGCUCAGUUUUAGGAACAGUUGGUGUUGGGUGUAGCUUCAAAUGUAAAGCACAAGUGCAAAAGUGACACCUGUCUCUUCUUAACUACACUUAAGUAAGAUGGUAAAUACCGCUUUUCUGUGGGAUGCCCACAGUAAGAAAACAACAAAGUGCAUUUCCUAAAAUUUUGAACUAUUUCUUGGCAAAAAACCUACAAUACACCACUUAAUUGUCCCUGCCCACUAAAUUAAAAUAAUGUACAUUACAGCUUGACUCGAUGCACAAAAUGACAGGAAAUGUGUAAGAGAACAGGUAGAAAAAGUACUACUGUGAUAAUAAACAAGAAUUUGAUGAUUUAUCAGAAACAAGAAUCAAAUUUUGCCAAAAAGUGAAAAUUGUUUUCUGCUCUGUUAACAGUUUGACCAUAUUAUUUCAGGCAGGUCAUGAGGAUGAGCUCAGCCACUAUUUCACACAUCUAUUUGAUUUGGCAUGUCUCAUAAAAUAUAUAAAAGGGGCGUGCUAUUUACACUGGUUCAAAUUGCCAAUAGUUGCAGUCCAUCUGCAAGCUACUUUGGAACCCUCUUCCAGACCUUAGUCAGUGUCAUAUCCGUUAUCAUUAUUGUGUAUGCUUUGCUUCGUCUUGCUGCUGCUCCAUGCUGCUAAAUAUAAAUGACCAUAGACUAAAUUAAGAAUACUCUGAACUACAUUUUAAUAUUUUAGUUAGUAUGAUGUGAUGAUGAUGAUUCAUUAAUUUGAAAAUAUUGUGAUUGUGACAUGUUGUUAUUUUCUGUAACCUAAAUGAAAAUUGCUUCUUUUUUAAAAAAUUUGGACAUCUGAGGACCACAAUCACUAAACUGAUAGAGCAGGCACUUAAAGUUUUCACUACAUUUAAUUACAAAACUCUAAAGAAGUUGUGACACUGUGUCAAAUGUACAUGAAAACAAAAAUGAAAUGAUUUUCAAAUCUCAUAAACCCACAGUGAGAUGUUUAAACUGAGACAUUUUACUUUUUCAUGAAAAAAAUGGCUCAUUUUGAAUUUGAUGUCAGCAACACGGGUUAAAAAAGUUGGGAUUGGGGCAAAAAAAAGGUUUGAAAAGUAAGUGUUACUAAAAAGAAACAGCUUGAGGAACAUUUUGCAACUAAUUAGGUAGGUAACUGGUAUGAAGAAGAACAGGACUGUUGGUGAGCUAGAAUUCUGUAUCAGACAAAAAUGGGAUAUUAUUCCUCUCCUGGAAGUCCAGCAGCUGGCCUCCUCAGUUCUUGUUCUUGACUGUUGUUAAAAGAAGUGAGGAUGCCUCACAGUCGACAUCAUCCCAACUUUUUUGACACAUUUUGCUGCCAUUAAAGUCAAAAUAAGCAUAUAUUUUUCUUAAACUAGUAACAUUUUCCCAGUUUAAACCAGUAUGUGUAUUUUGCUUUCUAUGUUCUGUUGUGAAUAAAAUAUGGGUUUAUGAGACUUGCAAAUCACUGGAUUUUGUUUUUAUUUAUAUUUCACAAAGCUUCCCAACCUUUUUGGACUUGAGCUUGUGCUGCUUUUUACAGCUCACAAACAUUUAUCAAGUUAUUAACAGCAUUUGUUAUUGAUAUCCAAGAAAUGAGACGUCAAGCUUCCAUCAGCUUUCACUUUUCUAAUUGCUCAUUCAUCAACUCAUGGUUAAUGUUCACGUGGAGUUCAGCGAGAAAAUUAGCCCAGAAUGUUAUCAGAGACGAAUGGCCCUCUCAUCAGUGAGAGGCAUUGUGACAGCCGGGUGGUGGCUGCUGGCUGUGCAUGAAAAAGCAGUAACCUUUUAAUGGACACAGUCAUACAGACGGGCUUAUAUUUUGGGCUACGUUGGGGGGAGUUUAAUGCCUCCCUGACGAGUACGUUAUUGAAGGAUUUGACUUUGGCUCUGUAAACAACAAAUUCUCUGGAGGUUUUCAUGUUUUUUUUUUCAUCACAGUAUGUUAAUAAGAGAUUGUAUACAUGUUAUUAUGGGGAUACUUAUUUGUUAUGUUAGAUUUUGUCACACAUAAUUUACAUUUAGACUACUGUUAUGUCUUAGAAAUAGGAGCCACAAGAGGGCUUUUGUUUUAUAGAUAGAAUUAUAUAUUCACAAUAUAUUGCUAUGAUGGAACAACUUUAUUUUAUUUAUUUUGAUGUGGUUGCAUAGUGCCUAUAUAGGGUGUGUACCUGCCGAUUGGUCUGUUCAACUGGGUCGGCCAAUCAGACGGUGAAAAGACACGAAUGAGUCCAUACUGAUACAAGAGAAGACAGAUGUUGACAGAUCCAACAGUACCUCAAAGGUUUGGGGUUCCCUUAGAAAAUGCAUGAAUUGUGAGAAGAUUUUGAUAUUAUUUAAAAUGCAACCGAUUGGUAAUGUUAUCUGUGACAAUUAAGGGAAUAAUCUAUCAUUAAUAAUUUAUGUUUUAUAAUAGAUAAUCUAUGUAGAAGUACAGUGGUAAGUUUUCAGUGUCACUCCUAUCUUCCAACAACAUCUACACAAACUCAUAAAUCACUUAUGAUGAGUGAUUUCAUUCAUCCUUAAUUGUCAGUUACAACAUGUGUUCAAUCUUAUGCUGUAUUAGGAAAAAACCCCAACUUGGACUACUCAAAGUGACCCCCAAACCUUUGUGUAUGUGUGCACAGACAAACCAGUUACGCUGCUGAAGAGUUUUUUAAUCAAACAGGACUGUGAUGUUACUGUACAUUCCAAACAACAAAACAGUAUAUAAACACGUUUUAGCAAAGCAUACAUUUAAAGUCAUCACAGUGGAAUUAUUUGAAAGAAUUUUCUUUUCUUUUGUCUGUUUAUGAUGGGAGUUAAAUGUCAUAAAGAUCAGCUAAAGGCGCAGCCACUCCAAUGCUGUUCACAACAGUACAGGUAAAUAAGACACUCCAUACUAAAACCAUAGUUUUCUUCCAGGGACUAACAGUCUAUGGUUUAAAUGUAAAACAAGGCAUUAAGCACGAAUGCAUCAGCUGAGGCCUGACUGCUUAUGUCCCAUCUACUUAAAUAUGUUUAUGGAGGUGAAGUGGAGCUGCUGAAAGUUGGAUUUUAUCUUUGUGCAAACAGGUUACAUAAAUCUAGAAAACUGUUGUGCGAGUUUCAGAGUUUAUAUUUUAUACAGAGGUUUAUUUCAGCAAUCUGUUUGAUAAAACUUACACAACAUGCACAUUUGUCAGUUCUAUCUUUUAAAGAAAGACUGCGUUACAGGUUUAGUUAAAAAAAAAGACUAGUACAACAUUUAUGCAGUUAUAAUUGAUGCAAAAUGCUCAGAUUUUAUUUAAAUAGCAACCUCUUUGUUAUAUUAGCUCCUGUCCAGUAAGACAAUAUUGCAUUGCAAUUCUCAUCCUCCUCAGUGACUAUUUGACUGUAGUUUAUUAGGGAGGAGUGUGUUGAACCUUUCUAGGCGAUGGUGAUGAAUGUAUUUGUGUGUUUUCUAUGGUAUGUCUAUACCCGUCAAGUGCUUGUUAUAGGUUGUACUCUUGGUGGAAAUCAACCAGAUUAGUUUAAAACAAAACAGGAGGAAAUAAAAACAUCUACAUUGAAGAAAAAAACCCCAUUUAUUUUGGGAGACGUGGUCUUCUUUUUCUGAUUAGUAGUCAAGUCCAAGUUCAGUUUUGAUGUAUUUUUGGAUAAAUUACAUUUGUACAUGUAUACUCUGCGUUGAUACACCUAAUAUGUAACAUGAAUAAUAAAAAAAGUUUCACCUCUC